AGAAGUAUUUGAUUUAGAUAUUCCGUAUAAGAAAGUGGUGAUAGAAGAAUUUAAGCCAUUUAUUCAGGCUUUAUGGACAAUCAGAUGUACAUUAUCUGAUAUUAUUCAUGACUAUGAAAAAAUAGGAGAAAAACUGUUAAAAGAUUACAAUAAUAUUGCGGGUUCAGGACUAUAUGAAGUUGAUUGUGGA